AUGAAGGGGAACUUAAUACUCUCUCUUAACAAUGCCAAAGAUUAUCUAAAGAAUAAAAACGAGGAAGGGAAUAAUGUAUAUGAUCACGUUUGUGAUAUUAUCAAUUUUAUUGUUGUUGAAAAACCAGAGAAAUGUUAUGAAAACUUUGAACUUAUAUCAAAUCAUUUAAAAGAAAGCAAAAAAUGUAACGAUGUAAGAAUAAUGGAUGAAAAAAAAGAUGGAUUGGAAAGAGAAAAAAACAAUCUAGAUAAUUAUAUAUUAAAUGAUCACAUAAAAAAGAAAAAAAAAUGGUUAUAUAAGAUGAAAAAAUGGUACUUUGAAAAUAAUAUGGAAAAGAAACAAAAUAAUAACAUAUUAUUUUUGCCAUUCUUACAUAAUAUAUUUGAACAAAUGAAAUUAAUAAAUUGGGCAGGAUAUCAUGUUAAAAAUAAUUUAAUAUGUUAUAUUAAUAUGUCCAUGAAAAAUAUUAUACAACAAUAUAAAGAUGAACUCUUAUCAUUACGCUUCUGGGGUAUUAUUAAGGGAACACAUAAUGAUUAUUAUAUUCUAGAGGGAGAGGUCAAAAAGGAUAUAACUAUUUUUUCAAAAAAGAAAAAAAAUAAAACGGAAAAAAAUUCUUAUGAUGAUGAGGAUACAAACAAGGAUGAGCAAUCUUCUCAUUCAAGUAAUGUAGUGGAAAAAAGAAAAAAAAAGAAACACGAUGGAAGUGAUGAAGAUGAUAAAAGUGAUGAGGAUGAUAAAAGUGAUGAAGAUGAUGAGACUGAUGAGGAUGAUAAAAGUGAUGAGGAUGAAAAAAGUGAUGAGGAUGAAAAAAGUGAUGAGGAUGAAAAAAGUGAUGAGAAUGAAAAAAGUGAUGAGGAUGAAAAAAGUGAUGAUCAUAAUAAUUAUUUUGAAUAUAGCAAAACUAAAAAUAAUAUAUUUCAAUAUAAAAAGGAUGACUAUGAAAGAUUCAAUAAAAAUGUUAAUAAAUAUGUAUAUUGGGUAUCUUUGAAUGGUAUAGAAAAUUGGAUAUUAUUAAAAUCGACUACUCCAAAAUAUAUUGAAAUAGCUAGCCAAAUGAAUAAAAUGCUUACUGGUAAUAUGAAUGAAACCAUAAAUUCUUUUCCUAAUCUUUCUAUUAAGGAAAAACAUUAUCUAAGGGCCCUCAUAUCAAUAAUUUCAUCCAACACACAUAUAUCACCUCAGAAUUAUUUUAUAAAAAAAAAGGGAGGUGAAAAAAAAAAAGGUGGGGGAAAUUAUAAGAAUGAUGAAAAUGGAGAUGAAGAAGAAGAAGAAGAUGAAAAUGAAGAUGAAAAUGAAGAUGAAAAUGAUGAUAACAAUAAUGAUGAAAAUGAUGAUAACAAUAAUGAUGACAAUAAUGAUGACAAUGAUGAUGAUGAAAUAAUUAAAAAUAAAAAUUUUCAUUUCGAUAUACAACUAUUAAAGCAUAUACAAAAUUGGGUUUAUUGUAAAUUCUCUUUUUUACCUAAUGGUCAUAUUUUUUAUCCAAAAAGUGGAAAUUUAAAAAAAAAAAAAAAUUUAACACUCUUUAUGAAUGAAAAUAAAGUUUUAAAUAUUUUACGAAAUAUUUCUGAUCAGCAAGAUAAUAAAAAUAUAUGGAAAAUAAAACAUCUAAAUCAUGGAGAUUAUGCAAACAGAAUUAAAAAAAAAAAAAAAAAAAAAAAAAAA